UUUUGUCAAAUGAGGGCGGGCUUGACCAAAAAAAAAUACUCUUGCGAUCGAUCGUGCACAAAAAAAUGACACAGCAAACAGCACCCCGCCAUUUUUCAUGGUAAACACGAACAAAAUUACUAAUCGAAGCCUAAACGUACAGUCACAUAUCAAGGUAUUUAUAUUUUUUUAGCAUUUUCAACUUGGGCACGAUGGGUAGAGAGUGCCCCCACGCAAUCAGGACAGCGGCCUUUCACGAGGGUGAUCUGAGGCAACGCGCCCAGGGAUGCUGCAACUCCUGUGACGCUGCGGGACCCAAUCUGUGGAUGUGCCUGACUGAGAAUUGUGGAUAUGUCGGGUGCGGAGAAGCAGGCAGUGACCAUAGCUCAGUACACACAAAGAAUAUGGACCACCAGCUGAACCUGAAUCUGUUGUCCUUCCGCGUCUGGUGCUCUGCCUGCGAAGAGGAAGCCUUCCCCGACUGCGUCAUCCGCGAGGGCGCCAUGGAGGUCACACAGCGCCACCGCGUGGUGGUGGAGAGAGAGGUGCAGCGCGUGGAGCACCAGCGCAUCAUGCGAGAUCUGCCGCCGAAAGGCCCUUCAUUGCUGCCCUCAGAUUCCUCAGUAACUCAGGCCCUGGACGAGUUCUUCAAUAAGGACCGAAAACCAAGAGGUUUAACAGGUCUACGAAACCUGGGCAAUACGUGCUACAUCAGUGCUGGUAUCCAAGCUCUAUCAAACUGUCCAGCGUUCACCCAUUUCUUUUUGGAGUGCGGCAGCUUCGUCAAGACGGAGAAGAAGCCGUAUCUGGCCAAGAGCUACCAGAAACUGAUGGAGGAGAUCUGGGGCAAGAGGAGACCCAGCUAUCUGACUCCGUCGAGUCUCAUCAACAGCAUCCGUUUAGCGUUCCCCAUGUUCAAAGGAUUCACACAGCAGGACACGCAGGAAUUCCUGCGCUGUUUCAUGGACAGACUCCAUGAUGAGCUCAAGGAGCCCCUGCUGGACCAGAACGACAACCCCUCCGGUGGCGACGAUACUGAUGCUGCCAUAGAGCGCCCUCGACGGGCGCGCUCUAACGACUCGCUCUGCCAUUCGGAUGGGGAGUACAGCAGCACCAGCAUGCAUGACAACAGCAUGGCCAGCGAGAAUACAAGCCUUACAUCCGACGACGCCUCAUCCUCACCCCCACCGCCGCGUCACUCGGGGAGGCAAAGCAACGUCCCCGAACCCCACCCGGACAAGAACAGACGCAACUGGAAGCGGCCGAUGUCGGAAUCGGAGCAGGACUCGCAACCAAGGGAAGCCGGAGAUGCACAGAUCCUCGAGACCGGCGGGCGGGGCAUCUCCAGACGGGGACGCACCAAGGAGGAUCGAGAGAAAGAUGCGCCGGAGAAAGACGUGGACGAAAGUGAGCCGGGGAGGGAGCCCUGCAACGAGACCACGGAUGAGGCAGCAGAGGUGGAAGAAAGCAGAGGCGGGGGUCAGCCCGAGGACAAACGAUUCUACAAGGUUGGAGGUCACGGGAAGCUAGUGAGAAGUCGGAGUCAUGAGGAGGUGGCUCUCAGGGUAGCUGAUUCCAACAGAGGCAAGAAGCUGAGCCCCAAGUACCGCAGCAUUGUGUCAGACGUCUUUGACGGCAAGAUCUUGAGCUCAGUGCAGUGUCUCACAUGCGACACGAUCUCGACUCGCAAGGAGACCUUCCAGGACCUGUCUCUCCCCAUCCCAGGCAAGGAGGACCUGGCCAGGAUCCACAAGUCCCACAGCCUGCUGGCCAAGGGGGUCACGCCGUGCUCGGAUGCCUACGGCAAGCAGGGAUGGCUGUCAUGGGUCUACAGCUGGUUCUCUGGGUGGAUUUGGGGACCACAUGUCACUCUAGACAACUGCCUGGCAGCGUUCUUCUCUGCCGAUGAUCUCAAAGGGGAUAAUAUGUACAGCUGCGACAAGUGCAAAAAGCUGCGCAAUGGAGUGAAAUUCUCCCAAGUACUCGAACUGCCAGAGGUUUUAUGUGUCCAUUUGAAGCGAUUCCGACACGAGUCGAUGUCAUCUUACUCGUCCAAGAUCAACAGCUACGUCUCCUUCCCAAUGGACGGUCUGGACAUGUCUCCUUAUCUUGCCAAAGAAUGUAACAAUCAGUGCUACAUGUAUGACUUGACAGCCGUUAUUUGUCAUCAUGGAACAGCUGGAGGUGGUCACUACACGUGCUACGGCCAGAACUGGCUGAACGGUCAGUGGUACGAGUACGACGACAUGUAUGUCACGGAGGUCAGUGACCUCCAGGUGGCCAACUGCGAGGCCUACGUCUUGUUCUACAAGAAAGUUUCAGAUGAGGCAGUCAAGGAAAGGCAGAAAGUAUCGGACUUGUUUGAACAACAUGAGCCAAGCUUUCUCCACUUCUAUGUGUCGCUGCAAUGGCUGAACAAGUUCAACAGCUUUGCCGAGCCGGGCCCCAUCUCCAACAAUGACUUCUUGUGCAAACACGGAGGUGUACCGCCCAGCAAGGCUUCCUACGUCGACCAGCUGGUGCUGAAGGUGCCACAGCCAGUCUGGGAGUAUCUCCAUCAAAGGUAUGGCGGAGGCCCAGCUGUCAACCACCUGUAUGGAUGCUCCACCUGCCAAGCAGAAGCUGAGCAAAUUGAGAGACGACGCAAGGACGAGAAGGAAACAUUCCUCAGACUGAACGAAGCUUUCUCCCAAGACGAUUCCCCAGACUCUGUCAUCUACUGCAUCAGUCUGGCCUGGUUCAAGACUUGGGAGAACUUUGUCAAGGCUAAAGAGAAAGAUCCACCAGGCCCCAUUGACAAUCGACCAAUCGCCAUCAUGAAAGGAGGGCAUGCUGUACUAAAGCAUGGAGCCGACUGUGGCCAGAUCUCCAAGGAGAUGUGGUGCUACCUCCACUCCAUUUACGACGGGGGACCCGAGAUUUUCCUCCACCCAAACCGCCCUUCCCUCAUGGACCACGCCCAAUCAGCCAUGUCGGAUGAGGAGAGCGCGAGCCCGCGGGACGACCCCCAAUCUAGACUUUGAACAAAAGAGUUCAUCUGUAGGCACUCAACCAAAGACACAUGUAUGAACUCUUUGUUGCUCCACCCAAAUUGACCACACCCGGUCAACUGGCUUAUAUGCAGAAAACAUGCACUCAAAGGAAAAUACUGAAUCCAGACUUGACAAUCUACAACCAUUGCAAGUAACAUGAAUACAUUCCAACUGCCACCAGUUUGACCACACCCGCAUUGACAACACCAUCAGCCACCUCAGAUAUAGUUAUUUCGAGGACACACCAUCCAGACAGUAAUCAAAACCUGUACGUGACUCUAGAAAUAUGAAUGCAUCCCAACAACUACUUUGGCCACACCCAAUUUGACCACACCCAAAAUCAGUCAACCCCACUCAGUUUCUUUAUAUGCAGUAAACUAGAGCCCAUAGGACAUCCACUCCAGACUAUAAUAAACCUGCACUGAACACAAGAUGCAUUAAUGCAUCCCAGCUGCCACAUCCAGUUUGACCACACCCGAUUUGACCACACCCGAUUUGACCACGCCCAAAAUCAACCACGCCCAGUCAGGCUCCUUAGAAGCAGCAAAGUAAAGCCAACAGGACACCCUCCUCCAGAUAAAUAAAAAACCUGCACUCAAGAAACAUGAAUGCAUCCCAAGCCGACUUCCACACCCAGUUUGACCACACCCAGUUUGACCACACCCAAAUCAACCACGCCCAAAUCAACCACGCCCAAAUCAACCACGCCCAGCCAGCCUCCUCUGAUCCCCCUAUUAGAGCCUGCAAGACACCGAAUCCAGACUGAAAAAAUGCAUUGGAGCGCAAGAAACAUGAAUUUAAAUAUUGAGGCGUAUAUGUUUUACUCAACAUUGUCAACAUUAGUCUUGUUAGCAAAUCUGAAACCACAUUCCUGUUAUAUUAUUAAUAAGAAUGUAUUUGAAUUUUGAUAUCGAAAACAAAAGACUUUACUUUCAUUUUUCAGGUUCCUUUGCAAGCACUACUUAUAUUACUUUUAGUCAUUUGCACAUGUCAGCAUAAAGAUAAUAUUUAUACUUACAUAUGUAAGUUUGAGAAACGUGAAGUAAAUAUCUAAAGUAUUUUUAUUAUUUAUGUUGGAAAAGGUAUUCCACUGCAGCUGCAUGGGGCAA